UGACAGCUCAGCUUUAAUCAGCUGUCAUCUUCGGUCGCGUCCAGAGAGGGGGAAAUGUCAAACAAUGUAAACAAUUACGGUAGCCGGCAAACUCUGGCGUGGAUGUGUACAGUGGCGGUUGGGAAAAUGAACGAAUUCCUGGAGAAUUUUCCAUUUUUUGUGCAACUGGAACCAUUUCAUUUUGUAGGACUUUACAAGAAGGUCUACAAAAUAAAGCUACAUUUCCCUAACUUUCCCACGACGAACAACCAUCGGGUCACGGUAUUUCGAACGAACCUUCCACUUGCAUUACCGCCGGAUCAAUCGGCCAUUCUGCCAGUUGAUAAAUAUGUAUCGAAUCUCUUAGCCACGCUGGAUUCUACAAUCGCUCUCCCGAACAACACGCCAUCAUCUGGUACUUGUGAAGAUUCCACCACAUUGACCAAUCUUGCGCUGGAAUUAUUGUCGAUUCAGCAUCAGUAUGGGUGCAAAGUAGAAUUCAGCAAAACCCUGACGCGGGUAGAGUUCGCCAGCUUUGACGGCAGAGGGAAUCAUUCCCUGGCGCUUAACCGGACCGCUGGCGCACUGUUUAAAGUCGUCCAACACACUCUGCCCGAACAAGCGGUGAGCGAGAUGUUCAAGCGACAGACCACCCUGCAAAGGCACGUACAGGUGUUUCUGGAUACGCUCGAUCAGCUGGAAGAGUUUUACACCAAUCUCAGUACAAUCGACGAACUGUGCUACGUUAUCCUGCCCGCAGCAAUAGACACCAGGACGACAUAUCGGAUCUUUAAGUAUGACCAGAAAGUGUUCUUGAAGCUUUCGCUGCAUCCGCUGCAGCCGGCAGCAGUUGAUAUUGCAUUUUUUGGGCCAACGAAACAAGUGGCAAAGCUGAGAGAAUUAUACGACGAAAGGCAGGAUGAUUGGGAUCCGGAAUGCAACGUAUACACCAACCUGCUGCGAAUAUUUAACAUCAUCGCCUUCCCCAUGCGCCCCACUGUCUGCGACCAGUCGUCCAAUGGUCUGCAGACCGGCGAAGACAGUAGCUGCGGGAUCUGCAUGAAUUACCAUGAUGCAGAUGACCGGGUACCGAUAAUUUCGUGCGACAACGAGCAAUGCACUCUCAUUUUCCAUAUUCAUUGUUUGAAGGAAUGGUUUGCAACUCAGCGGGAAAGUAAGAAAAUUUUCACAAUCUCCAUUGGAAACUGUCCUUACUGCACACACAAAAUAUCCUCCAGCUUUGAUGAGAUACUGCAAAUGCUUAAUUGAACGAGAACAAAAAACGUAUGAAUUAAAGGAAGAAGACAUGUUAGAACGAUUUUUCAUUCGAUGGCCCUGUGCUCUGGCGACAAAGUAUAAUGACGACACACACUAUUUUUGUUGAGUCUUGACGACCGGUUAAACAAAACUCUCUCUUAAGCCCAGUCGGAGUAUCAUCUGAUCAUCACGGUAGAGCUGAAAAAAUGAGAACAUUAAUGCUUACGACGGACAUGGCUCAGGUUUCAGCGGCAACAAGGAAAGUGGGUAAUAUUUUUUUAUAAAUUGUUAGUAAAGUUAGUCUACUUUGCUUUAAUUACAA